AGCGGCACUUCCUAAAUGCCUCGCUUGCGGCUUCCCCGGGCAGGCGUGCAACAAAUGGCAGCCAGAGCUGUGAUCCGGGCUGCAGUAGCGGCAGCGGCGACUCCCAGGUGAGGCGCAAAGGCUCCGCUCUGCAAGCUGCAGCUCUCCAUGCCUGCCUGCCUGCCUGCGCCUCGCCUUCCUCUCCUCCUGAGUCACUCCGCUGCUGCAACCGACCACUCACCCAUAAGAUAAGAGAUGGCACCAUGUGAUUCAUUCAGCAAGAUCUCUUUCUACCUCUUUGACAGAACUAAGGAGCAUCCUAUGAGGCUACCUGGCAACCUCCAAGGCUCCUCACCAAAACAUCAGAGCUACAAUACAUGGACAGGAACGUUCUUUUAAAGAGAAAACUGACCAUGAGGAAGUCUACGCAUUAGCACAUUCUCAAGUCGAAUGACAUCACGGAAGAGAAUGAGGUUGCGGUUUUGUGCCUGAGAUCCUUUGCCACCACUGUUGGGUAAAUGAGAAGUGGUUGUGUGAUUAUGCUGACAUCCCAGCAUGCAUCUGGUAGACUUGUGGUUAACUCGCUCCCUCUCCAUGUGUCUGCUCUUACAAAGCUUUGUCCUCAUGAUACUGUGCUUUCAUUCUGCCAGUAUGUGCCCCAAAGGUUGCCUUUGUUCCCAUUCCGGAGGCUUAAAUGUCAGUUGCAGCAAUGCAAACCUCAAGGAAAUACCCAGAGAUCUUCCUCCUGAAACUGUCUUACUUUAUUUAGACUCCAAUCAGAUCACAUCCAUCCCAAAUGAAAUUUUCAAGGACUUGCACCAAUUGAAAGUCCUCAACUUAUCCAAGAACAUUAUUGAAUUCAUUGAUGAACACUCCUUCAAAGGGGUGGCGGAAACCUUGCAGAUGCUGGACUUGUCAGACAACCGGAUUAAAAGUGUGCACAAAAAUGCUUUUAACAACUUAAAGGCCAGGGCUAGAAUUGCAAACAAUCCUUGGCACUGUGACUGCACUCUGCAGCAGGUCUUGAGGAGCAUGGCCUCUAACCAUGAAACAGCCAACAGUGUGAUCUGUAAGACUUCAGAUUUAGAUGAACAUGCUGGGAGACCAUUCCUGAAUGCUGCUGAUGCUGACCUCUGUAACCUUCCUAAAAAGACUACUGAUUAUGCCAUGCUAGUCACCAUGUUUGGCUGGUUCACCAUGGUGAUCUCCUAUGUAGUUUACUAUGUGCGGCAAAAUCAAGAGGAUGCACGCAGGCACCUUGAGUACUUGAAAUCCCUGCCAAGCAGGCAAAAGAAACCAGAUGAAGCUGAUGAUAUUAGCACUGUCGUAUAGUGCCCCGAACACAGUGAUUGAAAUUAGAUGUGGGUAGCACGGAUGCCAGAUGUUUACUUCUAACAUUCGUUGUAAACGUGUAAGACUUUUUUCCAAUUAAACUGAAUUCUACCACUGUCAAACUUUCUAACAAAAAGAUUUCUGUUUGGGGUGAUACAGUACACCUUUAUUGUUUCUCUGGUGGUAUUCUAAACCAAGUAAACUAAUAUGUAAACAUUAGUUUAGACCCAUUCCACUCUUUAAUAAUGAAAUUUAUUUUUUUAAUUUAAAACCAAAUAAAAGCUUAACUUUGAACCAUGUAAAUACAGAGUAAUUUAUUGACCCGAAGCCUGGCUGG